AUGUACCCGCAAAAGGAUGUCAAACUUCACAUAGAAAAAUUUCACCCCCCACCCCCGGAUGCAGCAGAGGCGAGUCCAAGUAAAAUAGUAAGCAAUCCUGGAGCUGCGCCAUCUUCCGCGCCGUCCGCGGGCCCGACAACAAAUAAAAAGAACCGCCCCGCAAAAAACUCCACUAAUCCGCGGCAAUCCGGCGCGCGUUCCACCACCACCGCCAACAAGAAGGUCCGCUCAGCUUUGUGGACUUUACCCAGCGGGCUUUCUCCAACGACAACACCACUAUCAACGACAAAGACAUCAACGAGUUCAUCCCCCACAUAUGCAGCCGUCACAGCAGGACAGGCGGUCGCCAUCACCAUGAGGCCGCCGAGAGCGACGGCUGCGGGGACGGUGUCCAAGCCGGGACCAUCGAAGGGAGCCGUCCCAAAAAGGGCGUUGACGAGAACAUCAAUGAGGACAGCUGCCGCAAGGACAAAUACGGUCGCGGAUUUGUCUAUCCCCUCCAGUGGGGGUAGCAGUUGCAUCAAAAGAGCCGGCACCUCGUCCCUUGCGCGCCGCCCUCCCCCCCAUCACCAUUGUCAGCAGGUAGCUACAUAG